GGCGCACAGACUGUCAGAGGAACAGCAGCUGUUGGUGAUACCCUCUGAUUAUUUACCGUUUUAACCGUUAAAGACCAGCUCAGUCUCCAUGGCAACGGGCCGGCUGGUGGAGGUAUAUCUGGACCUCCUGUCCCAGCCCUGCCGGGCGGUGCACAUCCUACUGAACUGCGCCAAAAUCCCGCAUAGAGUCCGCACCGUGGCUCUAAGGAAAGGAGAGAACAGGACUCCAGACUUCACCAGGCUGAACCCCAUGCAGAAGGUUCCUGUCAUGGUGGACGACGGCUUCGUCCUCACUGAGAGCGAUGCCAUCUUGAAGUACCUGGCCACCAAGUACUACGUCCCAGAGCACUGGUAUCCACGGCAACCAGAGAGACGAGCCCGAGUCGACGAAUACACAGCCUGGCAUCACAGCAACACACGACCACACGCUGCUAAAGUCUUUAUACUGGAGGUGCUCCUCCCGGCUCAGUCUGGCUCUCCGGUGGAGGAGGUGCGUUUGGUUCGUGCGCUCUCUCAGCUCGACGACACUCUGGGGAAACUGGAGUCCAUGUUCCUGCGCAGACAGCCUUUCCUCUGCGGCGAUGACAUCACUGUGGCCGACCUGCUCGCUGUGUGCGAGCUCAUGCAGCCGGUGGGCAGUGGCAGGGACAUCCUGCUGGGUCGUCCUCAGCUGCAGAGCUGGAGGAGCAGAGUCCAGUCGGCCGUUGGCGACGCCUUCGACCAAGCUCACGCCAUCCUGUAUGCCAUCAGAGACCGCCGCCUAGCCAAGCUCUGACGUCAUCACAGCAACGGCCCGAAGGAGUGAUGUCACACAGAGGGCAUGGCCUGGAGACUGAAAGAGGAGCCUUGAGCCUUACCUCUAUUGAUCUGAUUGAUUGGUUGUUUUACUUUAAUUGAUCUGAUUGGUUGUUUUUCUGAUCAGAGCUGAGCUCAGGAGGAACAUCACAUGUAGGAUGAUAUUUGGUCUGAGGCUGAUCUUUUAUCUCAAUAACCAGUUACCCUCCAGCUGACCGACCGACUGUUUAACACCUGAAAACCAAUAAGCAAGAAGAGAAGGUGCAAGGAGCUGAAGCUCUUUAACUUUAAUGUCUGAUGAUCAAUAAUCUGAUAAGUGAUGAAUGAGUCUGAAUUUCCACAUGAAAAGGUUCAAAAGCUAGAUAUCCCAACUUUCCUACGGCACUUGAACACAACACAGGUCAGUGGGUUAGGUUAGUUUCUGCUGUUGUAACAAUAUUUUGAUGUUGCAGGAAAAUCCAGUGAAACUAAAGAUUUCACAGCUGCAGUUUAAGAUCAGAUCAGUUUAAUAAUCAGAUCAAAUGAAUUCAAUAAUAAUCAGAUUAAAUCACUGUAACAGGAAAAAUGAAGAAGAGAAAUAAAGUUUAUUUUGACAUUGCAA